GCACAGAAGCAAGAAAGAAGUAGAGUGAAAAGAAAAAAAUGGCUUCUUCAAUGAUUUCUUCUGCUGCAGUCGCCUCCGUAAGGAGCUCCGCUCCCACUCAAGCUACCAUGGUUGCACCAUUCAGCGGUUUGAAAUCCGUUUCUGCAUUCCCCGUCACCCACAAAUCAGCCGACAUCACCUCCAUCUCCAGCAACGGAGGAAGAGUUAACUGCAUGCAGGUAUGGCCACCAACUGGUUUGAAGAAGUUUGAGACCCUCUCAUACCUUCCUCCAUUGACCGUCGAGCAAUUAUCAAAGGAAGUCGACUACCUUCUCCGUAAUGGUUGGGUUCCCUGUUUGGAAUUCGACGCCAGAGGAUUCGUGUACAGAGAACACGGUAACACCCCUGGAUACUAUGAUGGCCGUUACUGGACAAUGUGGAAGCUACCCAUGUUCGGUUGUACCGACGCUUCCCAGGUUGUCAAGGAGCUAGAGGAGGCCAAGGCUGCAUACCCAGACUCUUUCAUCAGAAUCAUCGGGUUCGAUAACGUGCGUCAAGUACAAUGUGUUAGUUUCAUCGCAUACAAGCCCGAGAGUACCAGCUACUGAAAACCUUUGAUGGAUUAGUUCAUUUCUGUGUUUUUUGUUUUGUUUUGUUUUGUUUUUCCUUAAUUCAGUUUUGAAUCAUAUGAUUCGUAUCUUUAAUUGGAUUUGAGUGUAUGACAACGCUAUCGUCUAAUCAUGUGUAUGAUAAUAAUCUGUUUGUUAUAAUGAAACUUAUCCUAAAUAA